UACUGAAGAGUUGCUGGCAAGUUACUGGAUAAUUUGUAAAAAAACACAACUAUGGUUUUAUACAAUACAUGCAUUUGUGAAAUUUAUAUUAUCAUACAAUACCGUGCAUUUGUGAAGAUAUUAAGAGCAUAUUGUCGAAAGACCGUUGAUUUAGGAAUUCUAUAGUGGCUAGUAUGUACAUAUUGAAGAUAUGCAGUGCUUCACGGAUCCGCAAACAUUUUAAAUGCUAUGUUCAGGUCGAAGCUACAUUGCCGGACUGCAAUCACUUCAACCAGAAGCCGUGUCACCUUCCCAUCAAAGAUGCGAUAUGCACUUAUGCUUACGAGAAACGUUUGCCGUGUGGUCAUGUGUGCCAGCUUAAGUGUCAUGUUAACAAAGACCCGGAACAUAUCGAGUACAAGUGCUACAGAGAUUGCGAUCGGAUUUAUGACAAUUGUGUGGAAAAUCACACGUGUAAGAAACAAUGCUUCGAAGAAUGCGGACUGUGUCCAAAAAUUGUCGCGAAAACCCGCUCUUGCGGACAUCAUUUCAAGCCAUUUGUGUUCUCGAAGAAUGUAGAGGAAAUUGAGUGCGACAGACCUUGCAAGCGCAAGUUAAGCUUAAGCUGUGGUUACAAGUUCCCGUCGAAAUGGUGCGAACCAUGCGGAAGCUGUCCAUUCUCGAAAAAAAGAUGAGUUCCUGCAACCAUAUGGUGGAAGUGAAAAGCAGCGCCGUCUAAAUGUAGGGGAAAAUGUCCUAAAUUAUUACCUUGUGGACACUUUUGUACUAACAAAUGCAAAGAGGCAUGCACUUCAGACUGCAAGGUCUUGGUGAACCUAGCAAAACCUGCACUAUGUGGGCACUCUUUGAAAAUACCAUGCUAUCUUCAAAAGACAGAUCCAAGCUCACGACAAUUAUUGAAGUACUGCAAAGCACCGUGCAAAGUCGAAUUGGAGUACAAGCAUUUAUGCAAAGGAACGUGUGGUUAUGCAAAUAAAAUUACAUAUACAACACACUAUCACAUGAAAAA